AUGCAUCCUGACUGGCUUGGGGCUUUUUCGUUUUCAGUGGGUGAUUUCUACUCUGUGCUCUAUGUUUGCCUGAAAGUCAUCCGAUAUCCAUUGAUGGAUCGCCAAUCGACAACGUCAUCGAAUGCACGGCUGAAAGAAUUUGGUCCGUGGACAGAGCAAUAUAGUUCAGCGGGGAAGCGCUACUUUUAUAAUCGAGAAACUGAGGUGUCACAAUGGGAAAAACCUCCUGAAUGGCGAGAAUAUGAAAAGUUUUUGUCUGAAAACGCUGCGAAUCAAAGUCCUAUUUCAUCUGCUUCUGGAGCUCGUAUUGCUCCAAGCAGUAAUGCUGCAGGAAUGUAUUUGGCCAGUUCAGCAGAUUCUGCUGCAUCUGGUAAUAAUGGUGAUGUGAAGAAUAAAAUGAAAAUGCAUGAUACAUCCCAGCCAGUCUUGAGAGGCAGGCGUCCAAAAGUUGAAGUGAAAGAAGAGGAUGCAAUUGGUCCCGUGGUUUUUUCUGAAGAACAGCAUCGGCGAUUUCUAAGAGCAGAUGCACAAACAUCCACUCGUCGGUGGCCGACAGAAGAUUGGGAACAAAGUGCAAUGAAAGCUGAUGCAGCCGCACACAGUCUUACCUUGCAAAUUAUUUAUGUAUCUUGCGAUUUAAAAAGUGCUGGAUCGCUUGUAAAAACUGCUGAAAUGCGUUCUUCCUUAUUAGCACAAAAGUUGCAGUUUAUCGCAGAUCAUCAACGACAGCUGGAAGCAAGUUUUGCACUUCCUUCACUUCCUUCUUUGAAUAGUUAUCAAUGA